GGAACCAGCGCCUUCCACUCGGUGGUUUCUUGGUGACUCUGGGCGGAACAGCUCCAGCCUUGCCAUCUCUGGUUUCUCACCGCAGCUUGGACAUUGGGUUUUUACCACUGCCAGAGCGACAUCUCGAACUUCCUCCUCACAUAUCUUGGCAGAUCACCCCCUCAGCAGGGUCUGCGCAUCGCCGCCGGAAUGAAGCUGGUUCCAGUCGCCCUCCUGUGUUUGGGCUCGCUCGCCUUCCUAGGCGCGGACAGCGCACGGCUCGACGUGGCGUCAGAGUUCAGAAAGAAAUGGAAUAAAUGGGCGCUAAGUCGUGGGAAGAGGGAACUUCGGAUGCCCAGCAGCUACCCCACCGGGCUCGCCGACGUGAAGUCCGAGCCUGUCCAGACUCUCAUUCAGCCCCAGGAUGUAAAGGGAGCCUCUCGCAGCACCCAGGCCAGCAGUCCGGACGCCGCCCGCAUCCGAGUUAAGCGCUACCGCCAGAGCAUGAACAACUUCCAGGGCUUGCGGAGCUUUGGCUGUCGCUUCGGGACGUGCACGGUGCAGAAGCUGGCGCACCAGAUCUACCAGUUCACAGACAAGGACAAGGACGGCGUCGCCCCCAGGAGUAAGAUCAGCCCUCAGGGCUACGGCCGCCGGCGCCGGCGCUCCCUGCCCGAGGCGGGCCGGGGCCGGACUCUGCUGUCCCCGGAGCCACAGGCACACGGGGCUCCAGCUUCUGGAGCGCAUCAAGUGAUCGCUACCCUCCGUAGGAUUUAGGCCGCUGUGGCAGCAGCGAUCAGUUGCGCAUGCGACCGGAUGCCCCCCUAUCCCUCGCCAGAGCGGAGGGCUUCCCGGAGCCGAGCCUCUCAGCUGAUGAGGACGGGCUGAGACAGCCCUGCAGAGAGCGGGAGUUCGGAAGGCACAGUACGGCGGCGAGCCCUGGCUUUGCAGGGGUCCCUCCUUCUCAGAGCCAGUGUUCGUUUUCCUCUAACCCGACCAGGGUGUCCCGGGGGGCGGGAGGUGGGGGGGAGGCAGAGGAAUCCGAGGGAGUGUCUGCCAGGCUCACGGAGAAACCAAGAAUCAAAUGCUUAGACCCCGGGGGCAAAGGUCUGAGCCAUUGUCCUUACAGCCCACAAACUGAUUUCUCAUGGGGUGUCACCCCGCCGGGGCGCAAGCCCCACUAUUACUUGAACUUUCCAAAACGUAGAGAGAAAAAGUGCAAUGCGUGUUGUAUAUACAGAGGUAAUUAUCAAUAUUUAAGUUUGUUGCUGUCAAGAUUUUUUUGUAACUUCAAAUAUAGAGAUAUUUUUGUACGUUAUAUAUUGUAUUAAGGGCAUUUUAAAGCAAUUGUAUUGUCCCUUUCCUCAGUAUUUUAAUACAUGAAUGUCUCAGCGAGGUGUAACAUUGCUGCGGGGAAUGUGUGAGAGUGUGCGUGAAAAAGAGACUGAUUACCUCUUUUGGAAGAAGGAAACGUCGUGUCUCUGUAUAAUCUAUUUACAUAAAAUGGGUGAUAUGCGAAAUAGCAAACCAAUAAACUGUCUCGAUGCUGAUUCA